CCCCUCGGUCACUGUGGACUUUAUCCUGCUGGUCUCGCAGAUCAGAGCUGUUCACGGCCGCAGAUCUCUCCCACAUUUCAGCCGCUGCUCACAGGCCAUGAGGACGGCUGUCUGAAGACGCUUUCAGUCGUGUUUACAGCACAUUAGCUUUCGUUUGUUCUCCACGUUUCGCUGCUGGAAGGUUUACUGGCAUUCCCUGAAGCAGAUACCGAUGAACACAGUCAGCUGACUGGACAGAGCAGCUGUAGCGUCAUCUGGAGGCGUGCCAGUGAUGGGCCGGAAGCUGGAUCUGUCGGGUCUUACGGACCAUGAGGCGGAGCAUGUGCUGCAGGUGGUGCAGAGGGACAUGAGGCUACGCAAGACGGAGGAGGAGCGACUCAGUGAACUGAAGCAGGAGCUGGACGAGGAGAGCAGUCGUUGCCUCCUGCUGUCACGCCAGAGUUGUUUCAACCAGCGCUGCUGCAUCCGCUGCUGCUCGCCCUUCACCUUCCUGCUCAACCCCAAGCGCCAGUGUCCGGACUGUCGCUACAACGUCUGCAAGGCCUGCCGGGUCUACAUCAAGCGGGACAAAGUGUGGAUCUGUUUGACCUGCCAGAAGACCAGGUUGCUGAAGACCCAGUCGUUGGAUUGGUUCUACACUAAUGUGAGGAAACGGUUUAAGAGGUUUGGGAGCGCCAAAGUGCUGAAGACUCUUUACAAGAAACACCUGACAGAGCACAGUGCGUUUUCAGACCUGACAGACGGCAGUGUGUACGAGGACAGCAUCUACAAUGAGGACAGCCUCUGUGGGAGCGACGCAGCCUUUUACAGACAAAGUGAAGAGCACAGUAUGGAAGAGACGCUGACCGUGGCCUUGCGGGUGGCGGAGGAGGCUGUAGACGAGGCUAUUUCUAAGGCUGAGGUCCACACUGACAACCAGGCGAAGCAGAAUGAGGCGAACUAUCUGCGGGAACACAGAAGAGAGCUUGUUGAAGAACUGGCCCGAACUAUUGUGCAAAAAAUCAUCACCAGGAGGAAGUCUUUGACUGAGAUGGGGGGCGACUAUGACCAGGACCAGGCUGACCUUCACUGCCAUCAGUCCGCCUAUGACCAGCCGUCCACCUCCAUUCAGCUCCACAAAGGCCUCUGGAGGUCACACUCUGCCUUCUCGGUGUUGGACUGUGACCCUCCAGUCCAGAUCCAUAAUCCUCCUCAGGCGCUAAAAAAGGAAGGUGUUGUGUCAUCCCUGUCUGCAUGGAAGAGUGCAGACCGACUGGACAACUCUAUGCUCAAAAGCCCAGACGGGAACUGGAUUGCCCUGCAGAGUACCCAGCUGUCACGUCCCAGUCUGCUCACCAGAAGGAAAAGCCUGGUCUACAGUGCCUUGGAGAGAGAGUCCGCAGUGAUGGCCGCCUACGAAGGAACGGGCUCUGGCUACGAAACCAAGCCAGAGUCCUGUGGCUCCUGGGGAAGCGUUCUGAAGGAGAUUCACAGGAAAAUGACAGACUCCAACUUCAACCUGUAUCACAACCAGGACCCAUUAGCUGUAAUGGGCCGCAGAGGCAGCAGAGACUAUCUGUUGUCAGACUCCGAGGGCAACUGGAGACCUCACAAACCUUGGCUGGCUUUUUUCAACAGGAGAGUCUCUAAAGAAAUCAGGGGUCCGGUGUUGUCCCGCAGGACCAGCAUCAUUGACCUGAACUUUAACAUGGAGGAAGCCAGAGAGGACAGCGGUUUGGCACCGGAGCUGGACAGGGCAACAUACAGGAGGUCACAGCAGCAAAGAUGGAGUAAAAUAGAAGCAACUGCAUCAUUUCUGGUGGAUUAUAACACAGAGAAAUCCCAUUAUUCCUCUGAUGCUAUGACCCCUGACACUUUGACUUCUGGAGCAACAACCCCUGAACCCUUUGACGACGCAGGUGACCCCACUGGACGUAGAGCCAAUCAGAUGGAUCAAGAUCUGACAUUAAAACUGCAAUACUUAGCGGGCCGAAGCAGCUAUCUUGAAUCUUCCACUGAAGAGUUUGAUGGCGAAAAAUAUGCAGCUAAUGCCAGACUGAAGGAGGAAACAAGGCAAGGAUGCAAGAAUGGAGAAGAGGAGAAGAUGUGGAGGAUGGAGAUCGAUGUGGACGAAGGAGGAACAGAUGAGGAGGAUGAGUCAGAGCUGGAUGAUGAGACCAAACACAGACUGUACAGGCUCGUCGCACAGUCCAGACUCACGUAUUUAUCGACCGACGACGAGUUAGACAAAUCAGGUCUGAGCGAAGGAGAAGGUGAAUAUGUGGAGGAACGAAAACCAGAGCAAUGUGAGGACAGUAAAGACGGGCUGACUUUUAAACUGUAUCAGCUGGAAAAUGAAGUGAAGGCAACUCAGUUCUCCUCCACCGAAGAUGAGCUGGACCGACUGGGCACCGCAGACGAAAUGAAGACGAAUGAGGAGCUGGCGGUGAAAGUGUGCAGAUUAGCUAACCAAAUCAAUGCCACCCAGUUCUCCUCCACUGAAGAUGAAUUAGACAGAGUGGGGAGGGGAGGAGGAGGAGGAGAAGAAGGGGUGGAGAUGAUAGAGGAGGAGAUGCUGUGGAAACUGCAGGCGGAGAAAGCGGCUCAAGUGCGUGACUUGGCUAACCUAGUCAGCACCUCUCAGUUUUCUUCUACUGAAGAUGAGCUGGACAGAGUUGGAGAAGAUGAAGCGGAGAUACAGAGUGAGGUGAAAAACAGAAGCGAGACCUGUGUUGAGAUGGAAGAUCUGUGGGAGGGAGCAGAUAUGGACAGGAGGGAGUCCAUUGGAGAUUUAGAUGUUACCAUGUUUGAAUUAAAGGAAGAAAUAGAAGAACGGAACAAAGAGGGAGAAAUAAACGAGGGUGAGAUGGAUUAUCUGACAAAAACUGAAGGUGUGCAGCAAGAUAACACAGAGGCAGAGUCUGGUAGGAUGGAGAAGACAGUCACGGUGGACUUCCUUCAGGUGUUUACUCCUAAAGAUGACAAGGUACAAAAAGAGUCAAUAGUGAAGGAAUCGCAGAUAUCAGGGAAAAGAACUGAGGGCACGAGAACUCUAGAAGAGAACCAGCCAGAGGUGAUGUGGUCAGACAAAAAGGAAGAAAAACAGAGUAAAGAGAGCAACAAGUGUGAGGAGAAAUGGGAUCCAGCAACAGACAGUGAUGAAGAUGAUGAAGAGUUUGAGAGAAUAAUCAGCAGCAUGUUGAUGAUGACUCUGGAGGACAUGCAAGGAGUACACGAUAACAUUGGAGGAAUAAAUAGAGAGACAGAGAAAGUAGGAACAGAUGAGAUGAACGAGGUCAGAGGAGACGGCGACUGCGAGGCGCGAAGGACGAACGCAUCAGAAGAGACGGUGAGCGUGGAAGUGUUUCACUGUGGAGGCGUCACAGGGAGUGGGGAGGAGACGCAGAGUCCAGAGGGAACAGGAGACAAGGAAGGACACUUCUGCAGGAGACAAGAGAGCGGAGAUGGAAGUAGGCAGCAGGAAGGAGAAGAUCCAAACCAAAGAACCAGUUUGGCACGAGACGAAGCGGACGUGACAGUUAAAGAAGUGACGGCUGAGGCUGAACGGAGUCUGGGAAUCAUGACAGUAGAAGAUGAACGGAAACAUGGAGGAGACAUGCAGACUGAAAGGACACAAACACAAGCAGAUAGUUUAAGUAACAACGCUGAUGAAGAAUCCAAAGAAAAAAGUGAUGACACAGAGCCGAGCAUCCCCUUUUAUCUUCAGGAGGGUUUACUGUCACCACAGGAGAUCCAAAAUGACAGUGACAUGGAGCUUUACAAAACUAUACAGUUAAUAUCCACUCUGCUGGAGCAGAGAUACUCAGCGGUGUCUCUACGAAGCAUCACUACUGAGGUGCUGAAGGUGUUGAAUGCCACAGAGGAGCUACUGCAGGGAGUAGAAGGAGGAGGUGCCCCCCAAGUCUCCAAAACAUCGCUGCCCCCCAGCACUGACCCCAAAAAACUGGAUCAACAGUUCUCCAGAUUAGAGGAGAAUGUGUAUGUGGCAGCUAGCACAGUGUAUGGGCUGGAGGCGGAGCUGAGCGACCUGGAGGAGUGCGCCAGGGGCAUCUGCAGCUCCACGUCCGAUAUGGAGCUGUCCUUCCUGGAGGAGCAGGUGGCAUCAGCAGCUGCUAAGGUUCAACAGUCUGAACUACGGAUAAGCGACAUCUCAGCCAGAAUAGCUGCUUUGAAGAGUGCAGGCCUCGAUGUGGACACCCAGUCACGCUUCACUAAAACCAGGACCAUACCAGUGAUGCCUGUUACUCUGGAUUCAUCCAGACAACUGAGGAGGCGAUUACCUGCACCACCAGUCAAAGAUGAUAAGGAAACCUAAAUCAUCUACCAAGACCUUUGCAGAAGUUCCAUCCCAGCCGUGCCUUCACCCUGAAGACUUCAAGCCAGUCUUAGUUAUUCAUUCUCCUGACACCACUUGCCUUAAACAUGUUGCAAAUAAUGGGACACUAAUACUGUCUGUAAAUGUCAUACUGUUCUGUCCUUAGAGAUGAUACGUUGUCAGAGAUGUAGAUAUUUGUUGUGAAAUUUAUGAUCAGUAUUAAGAAAUGUAUCAGCAUUGAUCAACCUUGUAGAGGAAAGUAGCAGGAAAACCCUCAGCUCACCAAAUCUAACAAUAAGAAAAUCACAAGUGUGUUUUUAAGAGUUACUGUUAAAGCCUUUGAGUUGUAUUUUUUGAUGACAAGAGCCAUAAAAGUAUGAUGUCCGACUUAUCAACAACCCAAAUAAGCAGUGCAGUCCUCAGUAAAACCACUCAAAUUUACUACUGCAUUAUAGGAACUGUUUUUCUCCAUUAGUGUGGGUGUUUGUAGUGUACAUAUGUGUACAGCGAAAUAAUCAGUAAUUUUUUUUCUGCCUUUAAAAAAAUUAAAAGGUUUCUGUUACAAAUGUU